GACUGACUUUGACGAGAUUUGUUGCAGCCACUUCUGUGUGCGGUGUUGUUUGUGUUUGUUUGGUGGGCUUUUCGCAAGCGUAGAACUCAUCCUCGGCAAGAGAUUUCGCCGCCCAUCUGCUGGCUGUUGUUGACUCACAGCUCUAAGACAGCAGGAUGGAUCCCGAGUCCUACGUCCUAGGUAUAGACCUGGGCACGACAUCCGUGAAAGUGGCGGUCGUGGAUGCAUUGAAUCGUCAAUGUGUGCAUCGCUCCAUGGCUGAUACGAGUGCUGUGGUUCCGAAUGCGGAGGUAAAGCGCUCCAAAGAGCAGAACGUGACAAUGAUUUUCGCCACUCUCGACUCCCUGGUGUCGUCCGUGCCUGCACAGCACAAGGAGAAAAUCCGUAUGGUGUCUGUCUGCGGCCAGAUGCAUGGUUGUGUUCUCUGGGGUAAUAACCAUGAUAACGAAGUGAGUGAUGCUCGGAACGCCAGCUCAGCUGAGUCCAGUGCUGCUAAGGACAGCGGUACAGAAGAGCGGAAGUGUGCAGGCGACGAGCAGGCGCAGGAUUCGUCUGAGAGCGCCAGCAGCAGCAGCAAGGAUGCUGUGAAGGUGUCGAGUGAGCCAGGUCGUCUGUCCCUGCCACUGUCCACCCCUGUCAACCUGGUGGCGGACAACCUGGGCAAGAACACGAGCGAGGGAGAGGCCACCACGCCGACAACAUCCACGGCGCUCUCACCCACUGCGGGUAGUAGUGACGCUGCAGCAGCACCGGCCGCGGGCAGUAUAGCAUCACUGGCCGCUUCACCGCUGCUGCAGGCCAUGCCGCGCGUCAUCUCCACGCUGGUGACGUGGGAGGACGGGCGCUGCGACACGGCGUUCCUCAACUCGCUGCCGACGCCGAGCAACGGCCGCCUGAGCACCGGCUUUGGCUGUGCCACGUUAGCCUGGAUGCACCGGCACGCCAGCGAGGCCUGGGUGCAGCAGAUGUGCGCCGCGGGGACGGUGAUGGACCUGCUGGUGGCGUGCCUGACGUCGCAGCAGGAUGCGCCCGUCAUGUCCGAGCAGUGCGCGGCUAGCUGGGGCUACUACAACUGGGAAGACCGGCAGUGGGAUCUGGACGCGCUGCGCGACGCGGGCUUUCCGACGCGAUUCCUGCCUCGCACGUCCCCGGCCGCAGCUACAGCUGGUCAGCUACAGUGGAUGUGGCAUGGUAUCCGCACCGGAACUCCCGUAUCCAUAGCUAGUGGCGAUAUGCAGUGUGGUGUGUACGCUGCCAUGCAUCGCAACUCUCAAGCCGUUCUAAACAUUGGGACGUCGGCGCAAGUGGCGUGUUUGUUACCCAAAGGUCACCAGCUGCCCGCGACGAGCACGACAACGGCUGCUGUAGCCAGUACUGGCAGCAGUGCUGCUGGUGGUUCUGCUGCCGCUGCAGCAGGUACAGCAAGGACGUCAUCGGCACAACCGUCAUCCAGCAGUGCGACCAGCAGCACCACGCCAAACCAUGUCAACACGGCUGCCGGCAAGACUGCAGCUGCAGCAGCGAGCUCUGUGGAGAGUGCUGCAGCGACCCCAGCGGAUGCGUCCGCAGCAUCCGAACCAUCUAACGGCUCGGAUUCUUCACCUUCGGUACCAGCGUCAGCCACAGCAGGCGGAUCAAGCUCAUCAUCCUCCUCUCCGGUCCCGACCAGCCCGACCGGUACUCCCAAGAUUUCUCUUGCGUCCGCCACAUCAUCCGGCCGCCAAUCGCCGUCGACCUGUAGCCGUGGCGACACGACGCAGUGUAAAUCCUGCCAUUCUGCGACCAGCGCCGCCACCGCAGCGGAUGCUGACGGCAGCGCCAAGGCGACGAGUCCCACUGCCUGUAACCAUAGCAACGGUGGCGGCGCUCAUCACGUGGCAGCCGCAUCAGCCAGUGGCGGUAGUGGCUCGCCCAGUGACCUCACUGCACGACUCAGCAAGCUCAAGCUGGGCAAGAACGGCAAGGCCACGUCCUCCUCUUCCUCCAUUGGCAGUACGGAAAGUGAAGCAUCCGUGUCGGCCGCGGCAUCCAUCCCACCACUCGAGAGCUGGCCGUAUUUCUUUGACCAGCGACUAGCGGUGGCGGCAUCGCUCAACGGCGGCAACGUGCUCAUGUCGUUUGUAGAGAUGCUGCAGGCGUGGGUAGCCGAGCUCUGCGCCGUGGCUCCACACACCGACGACGUGUUUGCGCAUCUCAUCACGGCCGGCCAGCGACGUAUCCGCGAGGGGGCGUCGUCGCGCGGCGACGUGAUCGUGGUGCCGCGCUUCUUCGGCGAGCGCCACCGUCCGCAGAGCAGAGCCAGCGUACGAGAGCUUUCGCCGACCAGCACCUCGCUCGGCGGCAUCUUCACCGCCCUGUGCCGCGGACUGAUCAAGAACCUCAACGACAUGAUGCCGGUGUCGUUCCUCAAGGAGUGCCACGUCGACUGCCUGGUAGGCACCGGCACUGCCCUGCUUCGCAACGGAGUACUCCAGGCCGCCGUCGUUGAGAGUUACGGCAUGCGCGUCGAAGCCGUUCCCGUUGACGACGCCACCGUCGGUUCAGCGCUCGGCGCCGCCUUGGCUGCCAUCGAUACGGUCGCCCAGGCAACGCAGCAGCCGUCGCCGAAGAAGAAGUAGAGAUACGUUGGUUUGCAUCGCCGCUGACAUCGCCACUGUGUGUGUGUUUGUUUGCUUAGCUGCGAUGCGAUAUGGCCGUGCUUGUCUGGUAAUCUGGUUCGCUGGCAUCGUUGCUCGUAAUCAAGUCUGCUGGUCGCUUCGACCCCCUGCUGCCUGGAGCUCUAAAUCAAGCACAUGCAUAUACGCACACCCACCGCCGUUUUCGUCCGCACUCAGCCCAUUGUCUUUUUGCCGCCAUGUCUCUCUCUCUCUCUCUCUCUCUCUCAGAAUGUCUGACUUCUACUUUCUUAUAUCUCCGGCGCUUACUGUUGUCGCCAUGGCAGUGUCGCCAUGGCGAUACUAGUAGUGACGCCCUGGUGUUGGUUGUGAUAGUGGUAGUCGUUGUUGUCCUCAUUCUGUGUGUUUUCGUUGUUGUCAUGGCAAUGAGCGCAUGGCGAAAGUGUGCGUACGUGUAUAAUGCUCUUUUCAUACAGUGUUAUGUUGCCAAGGAGACCUGCCAUCCCCGUUCGUUGACUGAAAUUCUCAGUGCCAUCUCAGCUUCAUCGUGCCGAUUCUACCAAAUUAAUGUUUUUGUCGCAUCUUGUUUUUGUCUUUUCUUAUUCUGCAGCCAGCUCAGGUUCGGCCUAGCUUGCCAUAACAUCUCUUUCUUUUUUUCUGCUCCCAUGACAUCGAAAGCUCAUUCACUCCCAUACCCUUAGUGCAGCACAGCUGUAGUACCUGAUGUGUUUUAAUAUUUCUAAGAAACUGCCAAGAUCGCAAACCUAUA